UUCAUCAUGAGGACGCUGCUUCUUUCUCUGACUCUCAUCUGGGCGCUCUCCACUACAGGUGCAGCACUUGAGUGUCAAUCCUGCACAACUAGUGUCUGUAAUGUCACAGCACCACUGACAUGUUCCUCAGAGACGAUGUGUAUAACAGCCUCCAUUCAAACCACUUCAGGUGGAGCUGCAGGACAGCAAAUCAUCAAGGCGUGUGCAUCGUCCUCCGUGUGUCCAGCCACGGGCUCUCAGACAUUUUCAGUCAACCUGGGUGUUUCCAGUUCACUUGCAUCUGCUCUCUGCUGCGACACAGAUAACUGCAACUCAGCCAUUCUACCUUUCCCGGCUGUUCCAGCAGAUAACAGCCGACAGUGUUACUCUUGUAACUCCGUCACCUCUGACUGCACCACUACAUUACAAUGUAAGGGAACAGAGGAUCACUGCUUUCAAGCUACUGUGACCAAUGGGGCAACAUCUUCUCCAGCUUUUGGCUGCGCAUCUACAAACUUGUGUGCAGCUGCUUCCAGCCUGGGGACGCUACCAUUCAUGCAAAAUGUUGGCACCAUCACAGAUGGACCAGUCUGUUGUUUGAAUGCUUUAUGUAAUACUCUUACAACAACGGCUGCCACAACAACAACAACUACAGUCCCGACAACAGCAACUGCUGCCACAACAACCGCAGCCCCCAAAACAACUACUACUGUACCAACUACAACAACUGCUGCCCCAACAACAUCAACAACAAUUGAUACAACAACGACUGAAGCCCCAACAACAACAACAACUACAGUUCCAACAACUGCAUCCCGAGCAACAACAACUACUACCUCACCAACGACAUCAACUGCUGCCCUAACAACAACUACUACUGGCACAACAACAACAACUACACUCCCAACAACAACAACUACAGUUCCAACAACAACAACAACUACUGCACCAACCACAACAACUGCUGCACCAACCACAACAACU